UUAAUAUUUCUGAGAAUACUCCAGCACUAUAUAGAUCCGUUCGUUCAAGUCUUUUAAAUGUAUAUCAGAGUAUUAACAAAGAUUCAUCAAAAGCAGCUGGGAUGAAAAAUUCAGAUUUAGAUAAUGAAAAGAGUAAGCUCGUAACUGAUUUAACUACUAAGGAUUUUCAUAUAGAUAAAUAUACAAGAGUAGAAGACGAGAAAGAUGAUUUUAUCGAGUAUGUUGAUAAAUGUACAAAUGAUUGUGAUAAAGAAAGUAUGGAUAGGAGUAAUAAAUAUAAGAGUAGUAUUGUUCAGGAUAAUAAAAGUUCAGAGUGUAAUUAUGAAAAUUCAAAUAAAGGCAAGAAAAAGAUUAUUCAGCCUGUAGUUUACAAUACUAGGCAAUAG